UUUGAACGUCACAAACAUCUGUCAUGUCGUAUAUAUUUAUCCGCUGGCCACUGUCGCGAUAGUAGGCGGAGUUUAUAAUUAUUAAAUUUUUUAGCUCUAACCAUGUUCUCGUUCCACUUUUCGAUAAAAUUCUAGAUAUAUAAUUUUCGCGUUUUGUGCUGUGAUCGUUACGUCGACGGUGAAGUGAAACAAAGGCUGUGCUAAUCGUUGAUAAUUUCGUAUGAUGUCACAACUAUAUCGCGUGAAUCCUUGAAAAUAUGAGUGUUAGUGUUGAAGCGGACGCGUCCAGCCCUCUGUCGGAGGGUCAGAGCGCGGGGUUGGACCAUACUGGGUCGAAGUCAUCAUCCGAUAGUCCAAGUCUCGAUACGACGACCGAGAAUGGUGAGGCAGGUCAGGGCGCCGCGAAAUCGGAGCCGAGCACGCCCAAGCCUCACCCCAUGGCCUUCACGAUCGACUUCGGGGCUUCCAAGCCAGUUGAUAAUCGCAGGCUCGAGGAACUGGCGAAAAAAUCGCAGGCAAGGCAUCAGAGGGUGCAGUCCAUGUCAGCUGGCUUGACACGACCCAGCUCUACGGCUCAGAAGCCUCCCAUGAGCGCUAAGCUGCCUCGGAAAGCCCAAGGAUACAACUCUGAGGGCUACUUCUCCUCAGAUCAGGAAGACAGCUGCUUGUCUGGUUCAGUAAAGCUUCGAAGUAGUCCAUUAGCCCAAGAUAAAGCCCAAUUCAUCACCAGUCCCGUUACAAACAGACAUAUCAAGUCACCCAUCCAUGAUAUUCAGCCUAAGAAAAUGUCCAAAAGUCCUAUAGUUGAUAGUAUCAUGUCCAGGAGUGACAACUUCACGUCCCGACAAGGUUUGAAUCUGCCAUUGAAGAGUGCAAACAGUUCCUACUUGAGAGACGUCCAUAGAACGCCAAGUUACGGUACCUUGAAUCUAUCUUCUAGUUAUCAACGGCCGAUGCCAAAUAUAAUAGACCAGAGUCCUGAAGGGGUGCUAUUAACUGAUAUUUCUAGUCCGGAGUUAGAUAUUUUGACCCCGGACAAUGGUUUAUCAACUCCAGAGAAGAGUCCACUACGCAAAGUCCGAGCCCAGUCUGAAACUCCAGAUUUGUUGUUUAAAAAAUGUAAUUCUAAAGUUGAGCCCUUGUACAUUGAUGAUGAGGUUGACGGACAGUCAAAUUCUUCUACCGGUACAUACACUAUUGAAGGAGAUAACUAUACAGAGGAACAGAAAGCUAGAAUGAGCAUAGACAGGACUUUUGGUAGCUCAAUGAAUGAUACGAUAGAGGAAGUCUUCAGGCCAAGUAGCGAAAGAGACCCAGAACUAGUAUUUGAUUAUCCAAACAGGGUUAUAACAAAAGAACCUAGAAGAGAUUCCUUGCGAAGUCCAAAUCUAAAUGAAACUUUUGAAUUCCCGAAAGUCGCUAAAGACAAAAAUGUUCUAGAAAUCUCAUGUUGCUACGAAUCGCCAUCAGAAACCGAUUUGGCCACACAAACUUCCAAACAGAUCAAAUCUACUCGUAGUUACUUAGAGAAAAUCAAGAAUCGGGUCCGAACAAUCACAGAGAAGACUUUUGCUAAGUCCCCUCCGAAGCAUGGUGAUGAGGUAGAUGUUGGUAGCUUUACCUCAGUCACUACCUCAGGUGUUUUAAGCUCUAAAUAUCCAGUAAAACUAGAAAUCCCUGUCCGUAGACGUUGUAGCCUAACCAAGUCCGAAAUAGAUCAAACAGACUACAUCCACCGAUUGUCCAGAGAAGCUUCAGUACCAGUUUCUUUGCCAAGCAACAAGCCUCUAGAAGCCAAAUUUGAGAGCACCGCCCUUAAAAACGCUCAAAAAGCUUUAAGGGAUGACCAAAUGUCUGACCAAGUAGUGGGACUGUCCUAUUUAAGCUUGAACAGAUGCAAGGGUGACAAGACGUGGAUACAGGACUGGGCGGAGAGUGUUAAGAAGUACAAUAACCACACGUUGGGGAGGAAGGAGGACUUGAAUGGGACUUUUACUGUGGACGACGAGCGGCCGCCUAUCAGCCCGCGACACGUUAAACCCCGCAGCCCGCAUGGCAGCGCGACUAAGAUCCCCAGCCCUGUGGGGACUCUACUGCACAGGCACACACCGGAUCUCAUCCCCGUCCAAGACACCGAGACGUACCUCCUCAAAACGCAAAACGCCAUCACCAACCUACAAGCCAAGCUCAACUCCCGCCCCACCAUUCCCCCCCUACUCACCUCCAGCCUCAUCAGCGAGAAGACCGCCAUCUCCCGUCUUCCAGUCUCGCAACUAAGCCGCUCCAACUCACUCAACUACAGGUUACGAAGAAAAGAUACUUCGGGGGGUAGCAGUCCUUUGAGAAGUCCAGGAAAUUACAUUAUUACUGGCUCAGCCAAAAUUCCAGAAAGCACAAAGAUUUUACUCAACAGCACCUCAAGAUCUUUAGACACAGAUAAAAGAAAACGAGAUUCUAAUAUGAACAGUCCUUCCUCUGAAAGAGGUUUGUUAAGCAACAGUUCUGAUGAUAAAACCAUCUCGAAUCGUCCGCAAUACGAUGUCGACGCGAUUCUUUCACCCCAUAGAAAACACGUUAGGAACAAGUCUUUAGACGGCCCGGAUUACUGUAACACUGACAACAGCAACGCAAAUCUAGUUUGUCUCAAGACGGUACUGAAGAACAAUGCUGAGGCAUAUCCGAGAAUCGAUACCCGUUACCUGGGCGACAAGAAACAUCAGAGGGUAGCGAGCGAUGGGAAAAAACCUGGCUAUACCCACUACGCUCCGUUCGGCUCAUCUAUAAAACGAUCAAGCUCGUUCAACACUGUUAAUAAGAAUAACAAUUAUUUGGAUCCGCAGAGGAUAACCUCUAGAAGAUCGAGCGGACAUUCAGAGGAAUACAAAGACUAUCUAUCCGAUGAAUCUGACAACGGAUCUUAUGAGAAAUCCCAAGAUAGGUACAAACGCACGCAUCGUGGUAGAAUCGAUUCUCCUGAUCUAAAAUCGAUUGCGCCAGCGAAUUCUCCAAAAUGUCCAAAUACCCCAGAGCUGCACAGAAAAUUCGGGCCAGGAUUGGUUAGAAAUUCAGUUCGGGUGACGAAUAAAGAACGAAUGAGGGCGUCAGAACCUAGAGAGGUGCAGAAACCAGUCGGACAUCAGAGUAGGAGGAUAUCGGAGCCCACGAGGCAGGCAGUGCUUAACAGGCUUACGAAGUCUAGGAGUUCAACGAGAGAGUUCCAGCCUAAAGCUCAGGAUAAAGGUCAAAAGAAACCAAGCCAAUACCGUUCAUCGUCCGCACUCGCCUCCAAAGAGGCAGAGUUUAACAACUGGAAGAAACGGUCGUCAUAUGACCCCAUGAAAGCGGCUCAGGAGGGAAGGAGAAAGCAGAUAGCUAAGAGACAGGAGUGCAACAAGGACGACCUUAGUUCUCCCAGCCACUCAUCGCCAGUCCACCGCUCGCAAUCCUUCCACACCACCAACAUAGCGGACCUCGAGACCCUCGACUACUCAUCCGAAGAGGACCCUAUGACCUUACCCAUAGACCCCAUGAUCACCUCAACACACUCGGACAUCUUGGACCUCAGGCCGAAGGAAUACCGCGACUUGAGAAGACAGGCGGUCAAUAAUGAUGUGGUCAUGACUAGGGACUACGUCACUAAUUUCCAGGUCAACCAACCCGCCGAAAAGCUCAAACGCAGCGUACACACAGACAAACGGAAAACCUUCAUCUUAGACGACAUAACGCCGACCAAAGAGAACAUAGAUUUCCUCUCCAAAGCCGAAGCCAUAGACAAGAGAAAAACUUUUAUUCUAGACAGCGAUACGUCAACUACCAAUGGCAGUAGUCCGAGGAAUUCGUCGAUAUUUAGCCACGAGAAGAGUAUGACCACGGGGACUAGUGAUACGGAGGGAGAGAGCGGGACGGAGGAUAGGAGCGCUCCGGUUGUGAUGAGACAGGGAAAGAAGCCGGCGGCACAGGCGAAGCAGCAAAGGUACAGCGGCGAUUUCUCCAUGUCCUCGUCGACCACCUCCCUCAAGAAGCCCAAGCCCGUGGCGCCCCGCUACCUGGACAUCUCCAAGUACAAAAACGAGAGCUCUCCGAAGAACUUCCUGCGCAGAGACCCGAGCAAGACAUACGUGGCCGUGUUACCUGAGCGUCCGCAACGGGGGAGCGCGCAGCAAAUUGAGAUGGAACAAAAGAAACAAGAAUUAGAAAAGUGGAAACGACGUGCAUCAUACGACCCGCGCAAAGCCGCGGCACUAGGCAAGUCGCCCGGCACCAAGGCCCCACCCAAAACCGCCAGCAGCGUCCUGCGAUCUCAGUCGUUCCACGGGCCCGUGCUGACGGCGGGUCGCUACCAGCCGCCGCCGCACAUCGCGGAGACAUACGACGCGUCCAGCGACAACGACUUCUAACUAAACGGCAUGAAAGCUAAUUUCCUUUGAACGUAGCUACUGGCAUGCGCUUCCAACUUGCCAGCGGCACUGGCGCCAGUCGCUUGAACGGUGUAAACGAGCCUUCAGUUAGGAUCUAUGUGAUAGUGUGAGUGUAUUUUGAAAUUCGAAUUGCGUGGUUUUUGGCGCGAAACGUUUUUAUGCAAAGUUUUUUUAUUAGUCGUAGAAAGUAUUUUCCAAAGCGCGGUAGCCAUUUUGAAAUCCUUUGGCGCCAAAUUCAAUCGCGAUUUUUAUUUGAGAUUUUUUUGCGUAGAAUACAUAUAAUGAUGCGCAAUCAUAUUAUACAAGUCAUUUUUUAUUUUAUUUGACGAUUAUUUAAGUUUAAGCUGGGGGCUGAGGCAAUUUUGUUUAUUUACAGAUUUACAAAUUGAAUUGAUAUAGGCUUAUUUACAAUUGGUAUAGAUAAUGGAAUUAUUUGAACCAUUUGGUACUACACUAUGGAAAUAUAUUAAGUACAAUGAUUUAUUUGAGUAUAAUUGAUAGAUAUUUGAGAUUUGUUCAUUGUAUAAUUGUAUAUCAGAGUUAAUAUUAAAUUAUACAGUGUAAUUUAUUGUUGUAUUUACGCCUUAAAUGUUCAUUUGAUGGAUUCGGAAGUUGAACAAAUCAUAAUCAUAAUCGUCAAUGUGAUUUUAUUAAUACAGUUUAAUUACUAUUUAAAAUAUUAUUCCAUAGUAUUGUAGUACCGUCCUGUUUUGUUGUCAAAGUAUUAAAUCGUUAUAUUUAUAAUGCAAUUAUAAUUAAAAGUUUUGAUAUAUAAAUUGGCAUCACUUUAAGUGUAGGUAAGAGAUUCCUUUUAUACAUGUAUCAAAAAUAUCUAGUUGGUUAGUUUUUUUAGCACUAUUCAUAAAUUCAGUAUUUUCUAUGUUGGCUAAUUUUAUUAUUUGAUUAGUUUAAUCAGCAACAAUUUGAUUAGUAUAUAGUAUUUUUCAGACAACUUGGAUACGGUGACAGAUGCCAUCUCCAUACAAUUUAUAGUUGGUCAAACCAGUUUGUCAGUCAGUAACAACCAGGAAAACUUACUCAUCCUUUUCUUUUGAGUGCUAGUAAUAGUGUAAGACAAAGAUAGUAUGAUUCUCUCUUGUCUAUGAUUGAAAUGAGACAGUCCUUUGACAAACUAUAUAACCUUAAAACGCAAAAUCUAGCAACAUUGUAUUUAGAUAACAUAUGUGACCGUACCCAAGCUGUUUGAGAAGUAGUAUAGUAAUUUAUGGACGCCAACAUAUCCUCCUAAAGCUCAUCGAAGAAAAUUUUUCAUUUGAAUUUGAAAUUAAUAGUUAAAGGAGUAAGGCUGAAAUUCUUUUAAUACGUAUUAAGGGAAAUACAACCGUGUUCCAAAUUAAAAUGGUUGAGAUUCCAUUGAAGUAAUUAGUACCAUAGGUAGGUCAGUGGGCGUUGGGACGAUAGUGAAAUGUUAAAUUUAUGAAUAGACUUUUGUUCAUUAUUGCUCAUAUCACAUACAUCGAUGUUGUUUGUAGUAUUUCUUAUGUAUUAUUUGUUGUAGAAACAUAGUUAAGAUUUUUUUUGUAAGUGCAAUAUUUCAUCACAUUUCUUUCCAUUGAGCAAGUACAUAAUGAAAUAAAAAUAGUAACAAAAUUUUUAUCGAAGUUGCUAUUUUUGUACGUUGCGAUUAAUAUAUUUUAUGCGGUAAAUACUCAGGUUAUUCAUAAAAUAUUGAAAAUAAUUGUAUAAAAUAGUUGUGGAAAGCUUUACGAAUAAAUAUGUUGCAAUAUAUAAGUGUAGGAAUUUAAUUAGAUUUCCGAGCAUAAUCCUAUUCUCUGACAGAGAUUAUUUUUGCUGUUCGUCGCUAAAUUUAAUGUAAUAAGCUACUCGAAAUUAAGAAAAGUGAUCAUUAUUUGUAAGUAUUAUUCCUGUAAAGUUGGCUAACAUGUAUUUGUAUUACUUCAUUUUGUUCAAAAGGCCAACAUAAUAAUGUAUUAUUAAAUGAUCUCUAGCAUCUCUAUGGUUUUUCUUUCCGUUUAAAAGAUCUGAGUACUUAUAAAAUACAAAGUUUUCUGAAUUUGGAGUAGUGAUUUUAGGAUAGUGUUACAUUCUCGGCCUUAUUCGAACAAACCUUAUAAGAUGUCACAGCGAUACGACACCAACCUGUCAGUGUCAAAAGUGACAAUUCUUCAACCAAAAGCGUCACUUUUAACGCUGACAGAUCGGUAUCGCAUCUCUGUGACAUCUUAUAAGCAUUGUUGGAAUUGGGCCGUGGCUCCGAAUGAUCAUGUUAAUAUUCAGCGUCAGCCACGUAGUAUUUGUAAUAAUUUGAUGUCUAGCAUUUCGUAAAGAAUAAUAUUUAACAGGAAAUUAAUAAUAAAAACUGGAAGU